UAAAUUUUUUGUCCUUUAGGCAUUGACGGUUGGACUAAGUAUGGUAUUCCUGACCCAUGUGUUCCUACCUGUAUCUGGAUCCCACCUGAACCCAGCUAUCACCAUGACAAGGAUGUGUUUAAAGCAGGUCUCUCCGGUCAAAGCUCUUCUGUUUGUUGUUGCGCAAUGUGGGGGAGCAAUAUCUGGAUGUGGAACUGUAAUUGGACUUCUUGGAGCAAAGACAAAACUGACACCAACCUCAAUAUCUGAUUUAGGACCAGAGUUUAUCCUUACAUUUAUCAUGGCAAUUGUUUAUUUCCAUUCUAUAAAACAGCCAGAUCUAGAGGCGGCCAUAAUCAUUGGCGCCGUCCACACUGCCCUGCUGUCUUCAGCACAGUUUUGGAUCAAUCCUUUAAGAGCCUUCGGACCCGUGUUUCUCUCAAACCAGUUUCAGAACCACUGGGUUGUCUGGCUAGGAACUAGUCUUGGGGCCCUGGCCGGGGGCAUCUCUUACCAGUUUAUUUUCUGUGAAAAAGUGAAGAAAAAAUCAGAAAGUCAAUUUAUUCCCGAUACGAAAAAUGUAAAUGAAGAUAUGGAAGGACAGAAAUGUUACAGACUUUUACAAAAGCAGCAUGUGUUAAAGGAAGAACCUGUUUUACAACCGGAGUUUGAUAUAGCACAUGCACACUCCCCAGCUCCUUCCCGAAAACUAAAGCUGGAAAAAAGAAGUUUCAUCUUUUCUCCGCCUCGGUAUAAACGCAAUCAACCGGAGCAAAGACGACUUAGGGACGGAAACUUGGAUGUAUGUUUUUACAACCUUGAACAGGAGAAAAGUUUAACGGAUGACGAACUACACAGAAGUUCCAGGAAUUACACCAAGGAGUUUAUCAGGGAACCAUCAAUGGAACAGUUUUCCGGAUCCAGCUCCGGGUACUAUUCAAACUCCUGGGAUAGAGCUGAGAACUAUGAUACUGAAGACGAACUGUGUACUGGGGAAAUGUACGACACAAUGCGACGAGCCCGACGAAUUACAACCACUGGAAGACGACCAAAAAAGAUUGAACGCAAACCAUCGAAAAAGAGAAGUACUCCAAUACAGAAGUCAUUCUCCACCGCUUACUAAAAAUACGGGACAAAAUGCAGGUUCAAAUAAACAAAUAUAUCCUUUUAAGAUUAGAUUAAUCUUGGCAGAUAUUCUGCCACUUUGACUCCUUUGACACGAGUUUGCAACCUUGGAGGGUUUAAGAUAACAGUGCAAACUUGUAUUCAAUUUGCAAUCUUUAACUUUACAAUCUCUUUGCAAUCAUAAUUUUAUUAAAAGUUAUAUCAUAAAUUACAAGAUUCCUUGCACAAAGAGUUUUCUUAUGCCCCGCUGGAUACUUAUCUCAGUUGGAAUAAGUCGUCUUUAAUUCAAAUUCUGCUCAGAACUUAUGUAUUAAAUUUGUUCAACCAAGAUAUCUAUGUAACCUAAUGUAACAUGAACCAUUGUAACUUUUGUAACCGUGUAAAAGGUAUUUUCAUAGUUUAGAUUAUGAAUUCUGUCAGAUCAGCUAAACAAAGUUUGAUAUAUUAAUGGUUGCAUCAGGUUGCGAAAAUAUAAAUAAAAAAAUUAUUGUGGCGAGUUCUCAAUUGCUUUGCAAUGUCAACGAAAGCUUAAAGUUUUUUUUCACUGGUGUUAAAAUAUCUAUUUGCAGGCAAACUGAAAAGAUCAAAAUUUAUCUUGAUUAAAAAUUUUUUUUUAAAAAUGUCAUUAUGUUUAACUUUCUAAAUUAAAUGAACAAUAAUACGUUAUACUUUCUCUCCUCAUCAAAAGUGGAGCUAUUUUCCCUACAAACAGUAUGAAUAUGAUAAAAAAGUAAAAAGCAUUCAAAAGUUU